GCGAGUUGUCUGACGCAAGCGCGCUGCACUAGCCGGUCAUCCACUCACUUCACGGCAGCUACUGCGUCUGGGUUUGUACCACAGCUGAAUCUCUGGCGAGCGUCAUGCCGAAGAAGGGGAUCUUGGAACGUCUAGAAGAGGGAGUGGUGAUUGGUGAUGGUGGUUUUGUAUUUGCACUGGAAAAAAGGGGUUAUGUGAAAGCUGGACCAUGGACUCCAGAGGCUACUGUAGAAAACCCUGAAGCAGUACGACAGCUGCAUCGUGAGUUUUUACGUGCUGGUGCAGAUGUGAUGCAGGCUUUCACAUUUUAUGCUUGUGACACGAAGCUUGAAAACAGAGGUCAUGAUGCAGGAGAAAAAUUUACAGGAAAAGCAAUCAAUAAAGCAGCAUGUGACAUAGCUAAAGAGGUUGCUGCUGAAGGGGAUGCUCUUGUGGCAGGUGGUUUGAGCCAGACUCCUACCUAUCUCAGUGGUGGUACAAAAGAACAAGUUCAGAAGGAGUUCCAGAACCAAGUUGAUGUCUUCAUUCAAAAUGAUGUUGAUUUUCUCAUAUGUGAGUAUUUUGAACAUGUGGAAGAAAUGGAGUGGGCUAUUGAAGUUUGCAAAGCAUCUGGCAAAGCAGUAGCAGCCACAAUGUGCAUUGGUCCACUUGGAGACUUACACAGUAUUCCAGCAGGAGAAUGUGCAGUGAGAAUGGCAAAAGCAGGAGCUGAUAUUGUUGGUGUAAACUGUCAUUUUGAUCCAUUUGUUGUGCUGGACACUGUAAAGUUGAUGAAGGAAGCUCUUGACAAAGAAGGAAUCAAAGUUCACCUUAUGAGCCAACCACUAGCUUAUCACACUCCAGAUGCUGGUCGCCAAGGCUUUAUUGAUCUGCCAGAAUUUCCAUUUGCUCUAGAACCUAGAGUUGUUACUCGCUGGGACAUUCAUCGCUAUGCUCGAGAAGCAUACAAACUUGGCAUACGCUACAUUGGAGGCUGCUGUGGCUUUGAACCAUACCACAUUAGGGCAAUUUCAGAAGAACUUAUUGAGGAGCGUGGUAAACAGUCAAAGGCCACUGAAAAACAUGAUUUAUGGGGAGGUGGUUUGAUGAUGCACACAAAGCCAUGGGUUAGAGCCAGAGCACAGAGGUCUUAUUGGGAAAAUAUAAAACCUGCGUCAGGCCGCCCAUACUGCCCAUCCAUGUCACACCCUGAUGACUGGGGCAUCACAGCUGGCAAUGCAGAUCUCAAACAGCACAAAGAAGCCACAACUGAAGAUGAAAUAAAGAAGCUGGCUUCUUUCAAGAAAUAAUUAAAUUACACAGACAACAAUGUUACGUAUUGUUGGUUGCUUAUUCUGAAGUAUUUACUUAAGACUGAUCAGUUAGAGUAUAACAGUUUGAGGUUUACCAUUAUAUAAAGAAAAGUAUGUGAUCAACAGCAAUGAAAUCUGUUACACUGUUCAUGUUUCAUGAAGGACAAUUGUAUAGCUCCUGGGUAAAAAAAAAUAAAAAUCACUUCUCUUAAAAUGGAAA